AUGUCCUCCCCUCCAUUUCCCCCGCUUCCUCUCCCACUAGGAAUCACAGAAUCCUACCUCCCCUCGCACGACCUAACAUAUCACGUCCUCUCAGCAGGCGUCCCCUCCAAGCCCCUCCUCCUAUGUCUUCAUGGUUUCCCCGAGCUUGCUUUCUCAUGGCGCAAGAUAAUGCCCCAAUUGGCUAGUGAUGGCUAUCAUGUUGUCGCUUACGAUCAACGUGGCUACGGCCGCACAACAGGCUGGGAUACCCGUCCCUUCGACCAAGUUGAUCUAAACACAUUCAGUUUCACUCGAUUAGUUCGAGAUGCUGUUAUACUGGUCAACGCCCUGGGAUACAGAUCAGUAGCUUGUAUCCUCGGUCAUGAUUUUGGUGCGGUGGUAGCGAGUAUCAUCAUCAUAAUGUCCCACCCCUUCAGCGGCUCCCCCAGCCUUCCCUUCGCAACCACAUCCCCCGCUUACAACUCACCACCUCCCAAACCAUCCAUCCACUCCGCCCUCGCAAACCUCCCCGAGCCCAGGCAACACUACAAAUGGUACUACUCCUCUCCGCGCGCCGCCUCCGAAAUGGACGACACCCCCAAAGCCGACGCCUCCUCCCUCCCCCCCUUCCUCCGCGCCUACUUCCACCUCAAAUCCGCCGACUGGCCCGGAAACCAGCCCCAACCCCUCCAAUCCCGCUCAGCCCCCGAACUCGCAAAACUCCCUUACUACUACAUCAUGCCUCUACACUCCAGCAUGCGCGACGCCGUCUCCCUAUCCAUGCGCCACGAACCGCCCGAGCUCGUGCGCGAGAAAUCCGCGCGCUGGCUCCUGGACUCCGACCUCGCCGUCUACGUCGCCGAAUUCUCACGCUCCGGCUUCCAGGGCGGCCUGAACUAUUACCGCAUCUUGACUACCGAGGUGGAGGGCGAGGGCGCAGUGCACAUGAAAGAUGUCGAGGCCUUUGCUGGCAAGAAAAUCGACGUCCCGAUGCUGUUCAUCGCUGGCGCGAAAGACUGGGGCAUGUACCAGGAGCCCGGCGUGCUGGAGAGCAUGGCCGAUACUUGUGAGAGGGGGUGUUUUAAGGGCGUGCAGAUCGUGGAUGGGGCGGGGCAUUGGGUGCAGCAGGAGCAGGCGGAGAGGGUGGGCGAGAUUGUGGGGAGGUUUUUGUGGGAGUGCAAGGUGGAGAGGGUUUCUAUGUAA